AUGACCUGCUGGCUGUGCGUCCUGGGCCUGCAGCUCCUGCUCCUGCCCGCGGCGCCCCCGCCGGCCGGCGGCUGCCCGGCCCGCUGCGAGUGCACGGCGCAGACGCGCGCGGUGGCCUGUCCCCGGCGCCGGCUCACCGCCGUGCCCGACGGCAUCCCGGCCGAGACGCGCCUGCUGGAGCUCAGCCGCAACCGCAUCCGCUGCCUGAACCCGGGCGACCUGGCCGCGCUGCCGCUGCUGGAGGAGCUGGACCUGAGCGAAAACGUGAUCGCGCACGUGGAGCCGGGCGCCUUCGCCAACCUGCCGCGCCUGCGCGUCCUGCGCCUGCGCGGGAACCUGCUCAAGCUCAUCCCGCCCGGGGUCUUCACGCGCCUGGACAACCUCACGCUGCUGGACCUGAGCGAGAACAAGCUGGUCAUCCUCCUGGACUACACCUUCCAGGACCUGCGCAGCCUCCGCCGGCUGGAGGUGGGCGACAACCACCUGGUGUUCAUCUCGCGCCGGGCCUUCGCGGGGCUGCUGGCGCUCGAGGAGCUAACCCUGGAGCGCUGCAACCUCACGGCGCUGUCGGGCGAGUCGCUGGGCCACCUGCGGGGGCUGGGCGCCCUGCGGCUGCGGCACCUGGCCAUCGCCGCCCUGGAGGACCAGAACUUCCGGCGGCUCCCGGGCCUGCUGCACCUGGAGAUCGACAACUGGCCGCUGCUGGAGGAGGUGGGCGCCGGCAGCCUGCAGGGGCUCAACCUGACCUCGCUGUCCGUCACGCACACCAACAUCACCGCCGUGCCGGCCGCCGCGCUCCGCCACCAGGCCCACCUCACCUGCCUCAACCUGUCGCACAACCCCAUCAGCACGGUGCCGCGCGGCUCCUUCCGCGACCUGGUCCGCCUGCGCGAGCUGCACCUGGCUGGCGCCCUGCUGGCCGUCGUGGAGCCGCAGGCCUUCCUGGGGCUGCGGCAGAUCCGCCUGCUCAACCUCUCCAACAACCUGCUGUCCACGCUGGAGGAGAGCACCUUCCACUCGGUGAACACGCUGGAGACGCUGCGCGUGGACGGGAACCCGCUGGCCUGCGACUGCCGCCUGCUCUGGAUCGUGCAGCGCCGGAAGACCCUCAACUUCGACGGGCGGCUGCCGGCCUGCGCCACCCCCGCCGAGGUCCGCGGCGACGCGCUGCGCAGCCUGCCCGACUCGGCGCUCUUCGAGUACUUCGUGUGCCGCAAGCCCAAGAUCCGCGAGAGGCGGCUGCAGCGCGUCACAGCGGCGGCGGGCGACGACGUGCGCUUCCAGUGCCGCGCCGAGGGCGAGCCCGCGCCCACCGUGGCCUGGGUGACGCCGCGCCACCGCGCCGUGACGGCCGACAGCGCGGGCCGCGCGCGCCUGCUGCCGGGGGGCACGCUGGAGAUCCGGGGCGCGCGCCCGCAGGACAGCGGCACCUACACGUGCGUGGCCAGCAACGCGGGCGGCAACGACACCUACUUCGCCACGCUGAGCGUGCAGCCCGAGCCGGCCGCCAACCGGACCCCGGGCGAGGGCCGCAACGAGACGCAGGCGGCCGCGCGCUUCCCGCUGGACCUCACCACCAUCCUCGUGUCCACCGCCAUGGGCUGCAUCACCUUCCUGGGCGUCGUGCUCUUCUGCUUCCUGCUGCUCUUCGUGUGGAGCCGCGGCCGCGGGCAGCACAAGAACCACUUCUCGGUGGAGUACUCCUUCCGCAAGGUGGACGGGCCGGCGGCCGCGGCGGGCCAGGGCGGCGCCCGCAAGUUCACCAUGAAGAUGAUCUGA